UGUGUCAAGACUUAUUUUUGUGCGACACCUGGGGGGUGUUUUAGCGGUGGCAAACAUCAGGGGCGGUGGUGAAUAUGGAGAGACCUGGCACAAAGGUGGUAUCUUGGCCAACAAACAAAAUUGCUUUGAUGACUUUCAGUGUGCUGCCAAAUACCUCAUCAAAGAAGGCUACACAUCUCCAAAGAAGUUGACUAUUAAUGGAGGCUCAAAUGGAGGCCUCUUAGUUGCUGCCUGUGCUAACCAGCGCCCCGACCUAUUUGGCUGUGCUAUUGCCCAAGUGGGAGUGAUGGACAUGCUGAAGUUCCACAAGUACACCAUUGGCCAUGCUUGGACCACUGACUACGGUUGCUCUGACUGUAAAGAGCAGUUUGAAUGGCUGUGCAAGUACUCUCCACUUCACAAUAUCAAACUACCAGAAGAAGAUGGCAUCCAGUAUCCCUCUACGCUGCUUCUCACAGCAGACCACGAUGACCGCGUGGUCCCUCUCCAUUCGCUGAAGUUUAUUGCCACUUUGCAAUAUGUUGUGGGCCGAAGCCGUAAACAAACCAAUCCGCUUCUCAUCCAUGUUGACACCAAGGCUGGGCACGGAGCAGGAAAGCCAACUGCUAAAGUUAUAGAAGAAGUGUCAGAUAUGUUUGCUUUUAUAGCACGAUGCCUAAAUCUUGAUUGGAUUGAAUAGGCAAAAUGCUUAUUACGGUCUCCUUUAGGAAAAAAGGGCUUUAACACCAUUUAAGAUCAACCAGACCUACUACUUGGUGUAGUACUUACAUUUAAGAACUGCAGUUAAAUAUUUUAUUGAUCCAACCUGCUAUGGAAUUUUGAUCUUCUGUGCUUCCUUCUUUUUGGCAUUUCUUUGAAUUUCUUUUCUACUGUGUUCCAAAGUACAUUUUGAAAAGCAUGUUCAAAUAAAUAGCUGAGCUACAGUUGGUGCUGUUGUGAACAUUUAGAUUCCAGAGUUAGUGCUAGUUGAGCUUAUUUCCUGUAAACAGUUUUAAUGUAUUUUGCACCUAUAAACAUAUUCAGAUCAUCUGUAAUUAAAUGUAAGUACUGUCCACAUACAAGAAUUCUGAGCACACUUUAUUUACACAGUCACUUAUUUAAGAACAUAAAUUGAAGGUGUUCAGUGAUAACCAUGAAAUACUGAAGAGACAGUAAUCUGAGUAAUGAAGUAAAAUAUUAUUAAAAAACUUGUAUUAUGUGCUGUUCAUAA